ACUAAAGUGUUGCGUUUAUCAUUUUGUUCAGUGUACAUAUAAAUACAUUUUUGAGAUGGGAAAGUAUGAGAGUAUAAACUUAAAUAUUUUUCUAUAUAAAUGUAUAUAAUCUUUGAGAACUUAAAAUCACCUAAUAAAAAUCUGGACAAAUCAGGUACUCAUGUUUUGCAUAAUAACGUAUUAACCUUGUAAAUGUUUUGUAAACCAUUUACGCUCUGUUAUGAAUGUUUGUUUCUGGUAUGCAAUCAAUAUUUUUUUAUUGGUUGCAAAAAACCAUAUCCAAAUCUACAUUCAGUUUAAUGUCUUGAGGAUCUUUUUUUUACGUAUUCUUUGGUCAGUGUAUGCUUAGUACAAGACCUUGUGGUUUGACGUGACUCAAAAGACACUUCAAUUGAUGAGUUACAAAGCAAAACAUUUUUGGGAACCCCUGUGUUUAAUGACUUCAGUGUAUAGGUAUUAUGUAAACUGACACUGACCUCUGGGAGGACGUUCAGUGACAAGGCAGCAUUUCUAGGUUGCAUCAGAUAUGUGCCUUAAACUCAGAUCCUGCUCUAAGAUGAGUUGUACUUACAAGGAAGGGCAGUCCUAAUAUCACUUAUUUUGUUGCUUGCACAUAGUUUCUUGUAGAAAUAUAUAGUAGUAAACACAUACACAGUAAAUAUAUCUGUUCUGAGAAGGAAUGGCUUGCAUCUCUGAGCCAUGCAAUCUGGACAUGAUGAUUCUGGUAAGAAUCAUUUUGUUCAAUGUUCAUUUUUAGACUGGGUGUUUCUUAUUUGGUUGGAUCCAGGGAUUGCAUGUGUAGGUUCCCUAUCCUGUUGUGUGACGUAUUUGCUGGUAUUUCAUGGUACAAAUAAUGUAAUGUAAUGGGAAUUAUAUUGCAUUUUUAUUUACAUAUAGCCUGUUGAAUGUGAUGGUAGGCUGUGGUGUGCUUUCAUCGGGUUGGAAUUCGAUUAUAAGGCAGAUUUGUCCUAGAAUUUAUCUGACACAUACCUGAUCUCAGUCCCCGAAUUCGGAUUAGGAGUGCGCCAUCAAUAAAACAAACUAUCAGGAAACACUUCUGAGUGAUCCAACAGUCUCAAUGUACUUUUGGGUGCCAUUUGAACCUUAAGAGUCGGUGAUCGUUAUUGCAUGUUUUACACCUCAUAGGUUGACGUCACUCAUUAAUAGUAAUUAGUGCAUUACAAACCACGCGGUCCGGGUGUCUGAGCUGCUGUGCGGUCGGUGUCAACAUGGGAAGAGGUUCGAAGUAGACAGAUAAGGAAAUUGAGAAGUGGUCGCUGGUCGAAAAGGGGAAGCUUAUCUCCGUUUUCUUGCAUGGCAGGGUCCGAUGGCUACCAUGAGCAGUUGCAGAGGGACUCUCAGUUCCUUUGUUCAGAACCAAAGAUGCACACAGAGCUUGUGGACAGGCUGGUGUUGCAGCUCAACAGAAUCUAUCCUCAGAUCCUAACUGACAAGGAGGCCCAGAGGUUCAGGAACCUGAGCGUGCCUACUGAGGUGCGAUUGGCUGAGCUGCUGGUGCACCUGCAGAGGAAGGGAGAGGAGGCGUGUCAUGAGUUCUACAGGGGGCUUCAGAUCCACGCUGAUGAGGUCUAUUUUAACCUGCCUACCAGAGUCAGCCGAAGGAGAGAGCAUGCAGACCCAGUGGGGACUGACACCGUGACCCGCCAUAUUGACAAAUAUGUACUGAACAACCAGGGCCCUCUGUUUUUUCUGAGUUGUUUCGGCCUUGCGGUGGGCUUAGCCUUGCUCUAUUAUUAUGGAGAGGGUAAUUUGAGUGGUACCAGUCCAUUUCUGGGGUUCUCAGCGCUGGGACUGGGCAGUGGAGCCAGUGAGGUCCUCUUAGCCUGCAAAGAGGACGCAUCCAGAAUUCAAUAAGGCCAUAUUCGGAGAGAAAUGCUAAAUAAUGGAAAAACAAAUCUCUUUGCAAUGCCAAACAUUUUUCAGUAGGGGGAUUAAGAGGUGCUAAAAAAAGUGUACAUAUUUCUAUGUUGUAUUGUAUUUUAACAGUUUCUGUUAUCAGCAGAGUAAGGUCUUCAAUCUGUGCCAUCUAAGCCUACUUGAUUUAAAAUAUUGAACAUGACAAGACACAAAUGUCCUGGAUAACUUAGUCUUUAACUUAUCUGAACCUUUACAUUUCACUUGUGGAAGUAAAACUCAAAGUAGUUCUAAUCAUGUGACUUGGACCUCCUAUCAGGACUGUUAGUCUGAAGACUGAAUGCCUAACCGGUCCAUUGGUUUAAUUAUGUUACUUUACAGGUCUCACUUUACACCCUGUUCCCUAGAAAUUGCACUUUGUUGGUUUGAACGAGUUAAGACCAAUGUUUCGUCUCAUACCUUCACCCACAGACGGACUGUCACCGUCUUCACCAACACCUUACUGUAACUGCCCAGUGCCUUCUAACAGUGAUCAGUCUCUAAAAGACACCAUUAUGCACCACUAUACACAUGUAUUUGCACUGAGACUUUCUCAGUAAUUAAAGCCCUUACUGCAUGUCUCAGUGCUUGUAUCCACAGAGUUUUGGAAUAUCAAUGAUAAAUAAACUCUCAAAUCUUUUUUUAAAGUCUAA